AUGAGUCACCAUCAGAGCUCCCUGGCUCCUGCCGACGCCCUGACCGCCUCCACUUGUUUGUCCAGGUUAAGACCACAGCUCCCAGCAGCCCCUGGCUUCCUGUCCCCCCUCACCAUUCCUGAAGAUGGGAUUCUGAGACAGCAUUGCCAUAGUGAUGAAGAAGAAGAGGACCUCAACAAGGCGCUGGGUGUUGAGUGUUUCCAGCAGAUCCUCCGCCCGGCGGCUCGCAGCCCGCCAGAGAAACACCGAGUUUACAACGAGCAGGACUUCGAAGAUCACCGUCACUCCUCCCUGCACGUCCAUCAGCCUCUGUCCAAACCGCCGGCCGACAGCAGGAGGAAGAGGAGCGGCAGGAGGAGGAAGGAGGCCAGGAGAGGCUCCGCCCCCAACGCCACCAUAGAAGAAGACCAGGAGGAAGAGGAGGGUGAGGAAGAGUCCUACAGCCAGACUGAUGGAGAGGACACCGAGACCGCCCAGUUCUUCCUGAAUGACGGCGAUGCUUCACCUCCACCUCCCGGCCAAGUCACCAUGGCAACAGAUGCUAACCACAGCUCCACCCACAUCCUAACUGAGGCCCCGCCCACCAGUGACCCGCCCACUAUCCAGACCAGUCACAACGGCCUGUCGCCCAGUUGCCAUGGUAACAGCUACGAGCCGCAGGACGACGCCGAGGCUCAGAUGCUGACGUCUGUCGACCUGGACGGCAUCAAGAGUCACCGGCUGGACGACGUGCCGGCGGUGCGGCGCCACCUGGUGAGGAAGAGCAGCCGAGGCCCGGUGGUCCAUAUCAGCAGGGGGCCGAGGGAGCCAGCCGGGAGCCGCAAGCUGGACCGCACGCCGCAUGAGGUCUUCGUGGAGCUGAACGAGCUGGUGAUUGACAGGAACCAGGAGCUGCAGUGGAGGGAAACGGCUCGAUGGAUCAAGUUUGAGGAGGAGGUGGAGGAGGAGACGGAGCGCUGGGGGAGGCCCCACGUCGCCUCGCUCUCCUUCCGCUCCCUGCUGGAGCUCCGCAAGACCAUCUCCCACGGUGCGGUUCUGCUGGACCUGAACCAGCGCACUCUGCCCGGCAUCGCCCAGCAGGUGGUGGAGCAGAUGGUGAUCUCAGAUCAGAUCCGAGCCGAGGACCGAGGGAACGUUCUGCGCGCUCUGCUGCUCAAACACAGUCACCCCAGUGAUGAGAAGGACCACAGUCUGUUCAGCAGGAACAUCUCAGGAGCCAACAUGGCCGCCCUGAUGGACAGACACAACGGCCAAUCAGAGUCCUCCGUCACCCAGCCUCUGAUGCACCACGGAGACGCCGACGGAGAGAAGAGCGAGAAGGAGGCUCCAGCUCUUCGUCACUCCAAAUCCAAACAUGAACUCAAACUGAUGGAGAAAAUUCCAGAAAAAGCCGAGGCCACCGUCGUCCUCGUGGGCAGCGUGGGCUUCCUGGACCAGCCCUCCAUGGCCUUCGUGCGCCUGCAGGAGGCCGUCCUGCUGGAGUCCGUGCUGGAGGUUCCUGUUCCCGUCCGUUUCCUCUUCCUGUUGCUGGGCCCGCCCACCGCCAACGUGGACUACCACCAGAUCGGACGCUCCAUCUCCACGCUCAUGUCCGACAAGCACUUCCACGAGGCGGCGUACCUGGCAGACGAGCGCCAGGAUCUGCUGACGGCCAUCAACUGUUUCCUGGACUGCAGCAUCGUCCUUCCUCCCUCCGAGGUCGGCGGGGACGAGCUCCUUCACUCCAUCGCUCGCUUCCAACGGGAAAUGCUCCGCAAGAGGGAGGAGCAGAGCGGCAAGCUGCAGGCCAAGCAGCCCAAAACCCUCGACGACCAAGACCUGCUGGUUCCCUCGAAGCCCAGCGACGACCCUCUGAGGCGUUCGGGUCGUCUGUUUGGCGGGCUGAUCAGCGACGUGAAGCGGCGCUACCCGCAGUACCUCAGCGACAUCCAAGACGCCCUGAACCCUCAGUGCAUGGCCGCCGUCAUCUUCAUCUACUUCGCCGCACUUUCGCCUGCCAUCACCUUCGGAGGCCUGCUGGGUGAGAAAACAGAGGGUCUGAUUGGUGUGUCGGAGCUGAUUGUUGCCACGGCGAUGCAGGGCAUCAUCUUCAGCCUGCUGGGCGCUCAGCCGCUGCUGGUGAUCGGCUUCUCCGGACCACUGCUGGUGUUUGAAGAGGCCUUUUACUCGUUCUGUAAGGACAAUGAGCUGGAGUAUCUGACCGGCCGGGUGUGGAUCGGGUUCUGGUUGGUGCUCAUCGUCCUGCUCACCGUGGCCUUGGAGGGAAGCUACCUGGUCCGCUUCGUCUCCCGCUUCACUCAGGAGAUCUUCUCCUUCCUCAUCUCCCUCAUCUUCAUCUACGAGACGUUCGCCAAACUGGUCAAGAUCUUUCAGGAGCAUCCUCUCCAAAGCUGUUACCAUGGAAACGACACAGCAUCGUCUUGGUGUAACUCCACAGCGGCGGCCGCCGGGCCUGCUGGGAAGGUGGUGGGAGAGCCCAACACGGCGCUGCUGUCCCUGGUGCUCAUGUCGGGAACCUACUUCAUCGCCUUCUACCUGCGCAAGUUCAAGAACAGCGCCUUCUUCCCCGGCCGGCUCCGUAGGAUCAUCGGAGACUUUGGGGUUCCCAUUGCGAUCCUCAUCAUGGUGCUGGUGGACUUCAGCGUGGAAGACACCUACACCCAGAAGCUGAGCGUGCCCAGCGGCUUCUCGGUGUCCAGCCCGGAGAAGCGCGGCUGGCUGGUUUCCCCUCUGGGCUCGGACGGACAGUUUCCCGUGUGGAUGAUGGCUGCCAGCGCGCUGCCCGGCCUGCUCGUCUUCAUCCUCAUCUUCAUGGAGUCGCAGAUCACAGCGCUGAUCUGCAGUAAGAAGGAGCGGAUGCUGGUGAAGGGCACCGGGUUCCACGUGGACCUGCUCAUCAUCGUGGUGGUGGGCGGAGUCUCGGCGCUCUUCGGGCUGCCCUGGUUAUCCGCCGCCACGGUUCGCUCCGUCACGCACACCAACGCCCUGACCGUCAUGAGCAAGGCCGUCGCCCCCGGCGACAAGCCCCGCAUCCAGGAGGUCAAGGAGCAGCGGGUCACCGGCUUCCUGGUGGCUGUUUUAGUGGGUCUGUCCAUCGUGAUGGGCGAGGUCCUGCGCCAGAUCCCCCUGGCGGUUCUGUUCGGGAUCUUCCUCUACAUGGGCGUCAUGUCGCUCAACGGCAUCCAGCUGAGCGAGCGCCUCCUGCUGCUGCUCAAGCCGCCCAAGUACCACCCCGACCACACCUACGUCCGCAAGGUGCGGACCCUGAGGAUGCACCUGUUCACCGUGCUGCAGGUGGCCUGUCUCUCUCUGCUGUGGGUCGUCAUGUCGACGGCGGCGGCGCUCGCCUUCCCCUUCGUGCUGCUGCUCACCGUCCCGCUGAAGACGCUGCUGCUGCCGCGCAUCUUCAGCCGCCGGGAGCUGCAGUGUCUGGAUGCAGACGAUGCAGAGCCCCACCUGGAGGAGUGGGAGGGGCAGGACGAGUACUCCCACAGGCAGAUGCCCGUGUGACCCGCCGCCGCCACGGGAUUGGUC